AUGUCUCUGAUCGAUGAGAGGCUGAUUCUAUAUGUGGCACUCGCCCUAUGCGCUACCGCCAUUACAUACUUGAGCCUUGGCCAGAAGCACAGAGACUUGGUCUUCUCAAGACUGAACAUACGAGGUCGAAGAGCGUCCACUGCAACUACUCCUCCUCGAUCCUUGUCUCCGGAGAAGAAAGAGCCCCGCAAUUCACCUCUAUCGUCCGCUGAAUAUGCCACUGCAUUCCCGCCAUUGAACAGGGACGCUCUGGGAACUGUCUUUGCUUCCCUGCCGGAGUCCCAACGCAAAGCUGCUGGCGAUCUCAAGUUCGACGAAAGCACCUGGACCAAGAAUGUCAUGACAUUCGAGGAAGAUUUCCGAACCUGCGACCCUGACAAGUAUGUCUUUACAGGCACCAAGGUCAGGGAAGUGCGCGCCCUCGGAGAUUUCCCCGACUAUGCAACCCUAAGCGGUGUCCCUCUACCGGAACCAUAUCCUGAACACGACAUCACCAAAGCAAUGCCCCGUCCGUAUAGGCCAUUCCGGUGGCUGUAUCAUCAAACAAUGUCACUAACCAAAAUGGAGACUAACUGGUGGAUGGAACUCGAAAAGACGUAUGUGGCACGCAUUGCCCAACGCAAAAAGCUAUACGCCGAACACGGAGAAUCUGUCUGUGGCUGGCUGCCCGGAUCAGAACUCGUCUGCAAAGAACUCAUGGAGAUGGUCCUCCAAUUCCUCUGCGCCCGUUAUCCGCAAUACUUUACCUUGCAUUCUGACAAAAAGACCUUUGAGAAUAAAAUCCUGGGAACCAAGCAGGACGUCUCUGCCAAACAUCCCCUUUUGGUUUUGUUGGACAAUGUCCCUGAAGACUUUGGCAUCAUGCUACGCAACCCGGAAACAGGGUAUUAUCAUCUCCGUGCUGGUCUCAUUUGCUCGGCAUUAGGUUGGAACGUUGGUACCAAGAUUGGGAUGCAGCUUCACCAAAUCCAUGCAACUAUCCCUGACUACAAGGAAAAGAUGCAAUUCAGCAUGGAUCGAUUCUUCACUAAGAUGCCCACAAAUAAACCCAUCCAACGCGGAUCCUGGGGUCUCGAAGUCGACCAACCCCUAUAUAUGCCUCCAGGAGAUCCACACGAGAAGUACCGCGACUUCCAAUCUCCGGACCUUGAUACAUCACGUAUCCAUCUCCGAGUGGAUUGGCAAACCCUUCGACGACUGCCACUUUCUGGCGGUAUCAUCUUCAACUUCAAAGCCCUCUUCACCCCAUUGGCAGAGUUCCGCGAUGAAGCAUAUAUCCCCUCGCUGGUGCUCAAGGUGAUGAAUGAGGGUAAAGAAAACCUGAUGAAGUAUAAAAAUACAUGGCACGUGGAACAUGUCGUGAAACCAGCGUUGGAACAAUACAAGCAAGAACAGAUCGAAAAAGGAAUGAUCGAGAAGGAUUGGGAAGUCCGAACGUUGGACGAAUCCCCAUAUUUCCCCAAUUGGGAAGAGAAAUGGACCAGGCAGCAGGGGUAUUCUCCAGGUGAUGCCCGAACUGAAUGAGAGACGACAUUGGUUUCUUAGCGGAACACUAUCAUGUACAGGCAUGGACAGGUCGAACUUGGAUAUCUCUCUUAGAGUGAUGGUAUAC